AUGUGCAACAAGACUUUUCAAUUUUUCCUAUUGAAUUCUCCUCUGACCACCUUGAGAGAGUAUGAGAUAUUGUACGACAAAUAUGGAAUCCUGAAGGAUAACCACCAAGGUCUACUCGGAGCUGCAGGAAUGCUUUCACCGGAGCGAAUGUCAGAGACAUUUAUUCAUAACACCGAAACAGUCGUGCGCGUGGUUUGUGCUGAUUACUUCUCGCUUGAGAGCGACAAGCACUCGAAGAAUGGAAUAAAUGCAUCUUUUCCAAUAAUUGCGUAA